GCCGGUUUUGAAGAGCCGGCUGUGGCGGCGGCAACAUGGCGGACGUGCUAAGUGUUGGUGUCAACCUGGAGGCCUUUGCCCAGGCCAUUAGUGCCAUUCAGGCGCUCCGCUCUAGCGUGAGCAGGGUGUUCGACUGCCUGAAGGAUGGCAUGCGGAACAAAGAGACGCUGGAGGGCCGGGAGAAGGCCUUCAUUGCGCACUUCCAGGACAACUUGCAUUCGGUCAACCGGGACCUCAAUGAGCUGGAACGUCUGAGCAACUUGGUGGGCAAGCCUUCUGAGAACCAUCCUCUCCAUAACAGCGGGCUGUUAAGUCUGGAUCCCGUGCAGGACAAAACCCCUCUGUACAGUCAGCUCCUCCAGGCCUAUAAAUGGUCAAACAAGUUGCAGUACCACGCAGGUCUGGCAUCUGGCCUUUUGAAUCAACAGUCGUUGAAACGUUCCGCUAACCAAAUGGGAGUGUCUGCUAAACGUAGACCAAAGGCUCAACCCACGACUCUCGUCUUACCGCCUCAGUUUUCUUCACCAGUAGCAUUUGCUUCCAGGGUGGGAUGAACAUAACCAGCCGGCCUCCAGCAAGUUCCUUUCUGUCUGCCACACACACAGGUGCCAUCCUUUCCAGAGACAGCAGGGCCGGCUCCUUCAAGUGAUGCAGGAUAGAGGGAGUUUUCACCAUUUGGCAAGAAGCUUCUUCUGUCUGAUGCUUAGUACAUGUUGACUUGGCAAUUCUGCACAUCUCAACUUUUGGCUCUCAGAAGUCUGAUGGGCCCUAUAACUUGUCAUCCUCCCUGCAUGGCUUGUCUACUGAGGCAGGAUGCGUGGUGAGAAGUGAAAGACUUUCUAAUGGUCCCACAAGACUGGAGCCAGAAGUGUUUGUUGCUAACUCUCUGCUGACAAAAGUCAGUUCUUAGUCCAUCUGUUCACCAUUUGUUAAUUUGCAUUGGCUUGAAACCUAUUUACAGGUGACAUGUUAUUAUGAGGACACUUAGAAACUAUUUUAAGCAGCAAGGCAAUCAACAGACUCUGUUCUCAUGCCAAGAAAAAAAAAAUGGGUGUUCACAGCUGUCAUUAUAAAUUUAUAAUAAAUCACUCAAAAUACUUAGUUUCAAAGAGAAAAGUGGUUACCGUGCCCUAAGAAUACAGUGUUGAAAUGAUUUCCUAUACUUAGUAGCCUCUUUUCCUGUGAAAAUUGACUGCAGCCUUUUCACAUCCUUGAGCUUUGUGGAUUCACAUUAUCCUGACAUCCCUUCUUAGAGUAACUGUCCAGUAGGCAGAAUCUAUAACUAAAGGACAUUCUGUUUGCUUUUACUGAGCACCUACUAUGUGCCACUAACUGUGUUAGUUGUCAGGAGUAGAUACCAGUUACGUGGCAUAGCUGCUGACCUAAUUGGAUCAUGCAUUGUAAAAAAGAAAAGAAAAAGAAACUAGUAAUAUAUACAUAUUGUAGAUUUUGAAGAAAAUCAAAGAUUAUUAAAAAAGAAAAAAUAAUAAUGCUUUUACCCUGAUAAAGUUAUUGUUAAAGUUUUGAUGGCUAUUCUAGAUUUUUUUCCCUAUGCAUGUGUAAUAUAUAAUUUUUAAAAACAAAAACCAGCCUUUAAGAAGAGCUGUCCUGUGAUACUGUUCUGUAUCACAUCCCAACAUUUAUUGUAGUUGUUAGGUUUUAAGGUAGUAUAAUUUGACCCAUGGAGUAUUUAAAAUUGCCUGUCAAUCAGCCGUGUUAUGGUUUUAUGUAUAGGACAUUUCCUCAUUACAGAAUUCUUACUAUAAGCAUGGUAUGACCAUAAACUUUGUCUGUAAGGAAAUCCCUUGAACUCCCUUAUAAGAUAGCACCUAAAUGCUCCAAGGUUGCUGAUUUUCAUCCAUUGCUACUAAACAAGUUGCCCCCAGACUUAGUGGGUUUAAUGACAAUAAACAAGAUCGCCCAUAUUUUCUGUGGGUCAGGAGCCUGGGAGUAACGUGGUUCAGAGCCUCUCAUCACAUUGCCAUCAGGUCGCAGCCAGGACCACAGUCAUCUGAAAGUUGGACCAGGGUCCAAAGGCCACUUGCAGGGUGGCUCAGUCACGUGGCAGGCAGUUUGGUGUUGGCUGUUGGUGGGAGACCCCUGCCCCUCCGCGCACAGGCCUCUCCACAGGCUGCCUGGUUGUCCUCUGGACGUGCGGGUGACUCUCCCAGAGCAGGCACACUCAGAGAAGGCGAGCCGGGCAGGGCCUGUCCUUUUUAUGGCUUCACCUCAAGAUAUGCAGCCUCAGUUCCACCUGUUCUAUGGAUUAGAAAUGAGCCGCCAAGUCUGACUGAUGUUCAUGGGGAGGGGGUGAGGCGCUCUCUUCUGAAGGAAGGGGUGUCCACAUUUGUAGCCAUAUUUUAAAACCACCACGAUUGCCAAAGAGGAGAGACACUGCCCAGAGAGUAGGGUGGUGGGGCCCGUGAGCCCCAUUCUCUUGUUUAUUCAGCAGAUAUUUACGUGGGGCCUGCAGGUGCUUGGUUCUGUGCUCUGAGCUGGGGAUUUGGAGAUAAAUAAGAGGAUUUUGGCUUUGGGGAUGCGCUCAGUAGAAACAGAGGAACAAACGAGCAGCAAGGGAUGACCAUACUGCAGCAUCAUAGUCGAGUGUGCCAGGUCCUAAGGACCGGAUCCUCACGUGCCCGAGAAGGCCAUGGCAGUGCUAAGAAAGGCCACACGGGGACCAGACUUCACCGAAUCUCUCCGCUGCCGGGCGGGAGGGAGGGAGGCUUCCUUGUGGAGAGCUAGGAGCUUUCUUGUGUAGGCCUACGGAACUCUGAGGAAAGGGUUUAUUUCUAAACAGUGGAGCAGGCGAUUAAGGGCCAGGGGCCGGCUGCCUCACUCGCCCUCCCCUAGAAUUCUGUGUGUCUGUUAGUGUGGAGGCACUUGGGUUUCUGCAUUGGCUUGAGUUAGCAGUUAGGUGGCGUGGAAGCUGCUGCCCCAAAGCCUCUUCCUGAGUGUGCUGAGACCAUAGUCAUGACAAGAAUGCAGGAGAUUUGUACCAUCAUUGAUGUGUUUGUUUUUAAAAUGCAGUUGGCUUUAAAAGCAAUAGUCUUUGAAGACUCAGAUUCCACGCCUCACCCCCCAACUCACGUUCCCAGAGGAUUAGUGAUUUGUGGGAUUAAUGAUUCAUAUCUUUCUCCCCCUCCAAAGACGCUUGUAAGGAGACAAGAUGCUGUUCAUGAUGAAAGAUCUGUGAUCCUGUAUUAGCGUUCAGAAGGCCCUGGUGAAGUGACCUCACUCCCUGAUUGCCGAGUGUUCUUCUUAAGUCUGCAAAAGGAUAGACGCUGUCAUUUUCAUAGAGGAGGCUGUAUCCCCCGUUGCUGGGUAAACAUUGUUCGCCUUUGACCUUGUAGGACUGGGCUCAGUCUGGGAAGUGGCUGCUGCACUUGGCUGACCCGUCACUUGCGUCCUGAGAUCCCCAUGCGUCAGCGGGCGCCAUGUUUCCUUGUGCCGCCAUGGAUGGCGGCUUCAGCUCUCCGAGACCUUGCUCCGGGUACUCCUGUGGCAGCGUGGCCAAGUCACACACAAUCAGUGUGACUCCCGGCUUUCAUCAGAGGUGAAAGACCCUUGUGUGUUCUUAUU